AUGUAUAUGCAUUUUGCCGUUCUCACCACUCUUUUGGCCGCUAAAGGGCUGGCUAAAAGCUCAGCCAUCCGGCGCGAUGACUCGUCGAGCGUAUGGAACACGACCACCUGCGCGACCUCCGAGCUAAACAUCAUCAAAGAAUGGAGGAACAUGAAUUCAUCGGAGAAGUCUGCGUACAUCGCGGCAGAAAAGUGUCUAUGGAACUUACCUGCUAACACCACAUUUGAUGGGGUUGUCAAUCGACAUGAUGACCUUACGGCUGUCCAUCAGUAUCUCACCCCUAUCAUUCAUGCCGUUGGUCAAUUCCUGCCGUGGCAUAGGCUCUUUAUGAAGACUCAUGAGCAUCUCAUGCGUACUGAAUGCAACUAUACCGGCCCUAUGACUUGGUGGGAUGAGACCAAGGAUGCCGGCAACUACAUCGAUUCUCCUAUCUUGGAUCCAGUCACAGGUUUCGGUGGCAAUGGCACCAGUCCUGACUAUUGCGUUACAGACGGGCCGUUCGCCAAUUCUACCCUUACUGUUGGACCCACUACGACUUACACACCAGAGGGGUUUUGCCUGAAGCGCAACGUCAAUGAGACCUACGCGGCAGGCGCAGCUGAAAGCAUCAUCGAGACAUGUAACAAUCUCACCACCUACGCUAACGCUGGCAUUUGGUGCAUCGGGGCCAGCCCUCACACCGCCGGUCACGGAGGCGUGGGAGGAGGAGUCGAGGGUUCCAUCGGGGAUAUUUACGUGAGCCCCGGUGACCCUCUGUUCUAUCUGCACCAUGCAUACAUCGACCGCCUUUGGUGGAAAUGGCAGAAUCUCGACAUAGACACUCGUUUGUAUGAGAUCGGUGGGUACACAACAUACCCAGCUACUGACGGCGGCAACACAACGACGACAUUGGAAUAUGGGCUCAAACUGUUAGGUGUCUGGGAGGACAAGGUUGUGGGAGACGUCAUGGACCUUCACAACUCCUUUCUGUGUCACGAGUACGACUACUGA